AUGGCCCGCCUAUCGUCGGUAAGACGGAGAUGGGGACAGUUGCGGCCACCUGGUGAGAAUGUCGGUAAGGAGGUGAGCGUAUCAGCUGGGUCCGUGGCGGCGCGCCGGCGCCUUGGGAAGUGGAUUGCAAAUCAGCAAAGCUCUAGGGGGGCCCGCCUUGUUCAUGGUUGGCUUGGAUUGCCCUGGUGGCACGAUAUCGGGUCCAUGAUUCGAGGUGGAAUUCGCCAAAUUCACUCGUAUGCUCCUGCUGCUAUUGCUGCUCCUGAUGCUUUCACAAGGUAA